AAACCAAGUUCUUGUGCAGCACAGCAGACAGUUUCGAAAAACUUCGAUGCUUUUGCCAAAGUUUGAUGCUUUUAGAUCCGCCAUAGGUUUGAAGAACGAAUUGGAAUCCUGGAGAUUGGAUUUUGCCCUUGACUUAGAAUUUCAGCUCCGAUGCGAUCCAAACUCCCAGACGCGGCUUCGAGUCGGAAAAUGGCUGCUUCGUCGGCGGUAGUGGCGAUUCUGGCCUCAAUUUGGCUCUGCAGUUCGAUUGCCGCCGACGCAUCUGGUUCUUCAAGUGAAACUACAAUGCACACCAAUAACUGGGCUGUCUUGGUCUGCACCUCUCGUUUCUGGUUUAACUACAGGCAUAUGGCUAAUACUUUGUCCUUGUAUAGGACAGUUAAGCGGCUUGGGAUUCCAGAUGAGAGGAUAAUACUGAUGUUGGCAGAUGACAUGGCUUGCAAUUCCAGGAACAAGUACCCUGCCCAAGUCUUCAACAAUGAGAAUCACUGGCUCAAUUUGUAUGGUGAUAAUGUUGAGGUGGAUUAUAGAGGUUAUGAAGUGACAGUGGAGAAUUUUUUGCGGGUUCUCACUGGGCGGCAUGAGUCUGCUGUUCCCAGGUCAAAGCGUCUCCUUAGUGAUGAAGGGAGUCACAUUCUUCUGUAUAUGACUGGUCAUGGAGGAGAUGAAUUCUUAAAAUUCCAGGACUCAGAAGAGCUUCAAAGUCAUGAUCUAGCUGAUGCCGUGAAGCAGAUGAAGGAGAAGCAUAGAUUCAAGGAAUUGCUGAUAAUGGUGGACACCUGCCAAGCUGCCACUCUUUUCAAUCAGUAUUUUUAUAUGAAUAAGGGAGAUUUUGUUGCAUCAAAAGAAUCCAAGACACCAAUGUGA